UUGCAGCACAUGUGCUGGUCGCAUAUGUGACGUACUCCUCCCCAUCAGUGAAAAAUAUAAACACCCCCAACCCCAAGGGGGGGGAGCUUAUUCUACGCAGGCGGAAUGAAGAGCCGCUGCUCUGCGCGCCUCGCUUUCAGCCCCGGCGCAUGCGCUUUAGCUGGCACUGGCGCAGAGGUAGCCCGGCGCGCGGCCGCAGGCGCAUGCGCUGCGAAGGGCUCGCGACCUUCUUCAGGCGUACGCCCCCCCUUCCACACCCACGCAUGCGCGGCAGACGGGCGGGCGGCCGUCAUGUCCGGGGUGCAGCGUAUGAAAGUAGCCAACGAGCGGCACAGCAAGAGCAUCACCCAGCGCGGGGCGCCCCACCGCGCCCCGGUACCGCCGCGGGGGGGCGGAUACGGAGCCCCAACGGGGCUGGUGGGGGGCGGCCAUCGUAAAGGCCCCGCCGGAGGAGAAGGCUCCCGUCGGUCCCUGGCUCCUGGCGCUCUUUGUAUUUGUGGUGUGCGGCUCAGUGAUGCCUAAAGUGGUGGGGCAGAACUGAGCUCCUAAGCUCUGCCCCCACAGCCAUCUUCCAGAUCAUCCAGAGCAUCCGCCUCG